AUGCCCAGCGCCACGGGCCAGAACUGGGAGAAGUACAAGAAGAACUUUGCAGAUGAUGAAGAGCCAGAGAAGAAGAUUACACCGCUAACAGAUGAGGACAUCCAAGUCCUCAAGACCUAUGGCGCAGCCCCAUACGCGGCCGCGUUGAAAAAGCUCGAAAAACAAAUCAAGGAGAAGCAAACAAGCGUCAACGAUAAGAUCGGAGUAAAGGAAUCCGACACCGGGCUUGCGCCACCGCACCUGUGGGAUGUUGCAGCAGAUAGACAACGAAUGCAAGAAGAACAGCCACUACAAGUCGCACGCUGUACGAAAAUUAUACAAGAUGAGAAGGAUCCGGAAAAAAGUAAAUAUGUCAUCAACGUUAAACAGAUAGCCAAGUUCGUUGUGAACCUUGGGGAGCGAAUCAGCCCUACGGAUAUUGAAGAGGGCAUGCGUGUUGGGGUGGACCGAAAUAAAUACCAGAUUCUUCUCCCUUUACCUCCUAAGAUUGACCCAAGCGUUACGAUGAUGACAGUUGAAGACAAACCUGAUGUGACCUAUGGAGACGUUGGAGGAUGUAAGGAACAAAUUGAAAAACUUCGAGAAGUUGUCGAAAUGCCACUGCUGUCCCCAGAACGAUUCGUCAGUCUAGGAAUCGACCCACCAAAGGGAGCUUUGCUUUAUGGUCCACCUGGAACAGGAAAGACUCUGUGUGCCCGAGCUGUGGCCAACCGAACGGAUGCCACUUUCAUUCGGGUUAUUGGCAGUGAGUUGGUGCAGAAAUACGUUGGAGAGGGAGCUCGAAUGGUGCGUGAACUCUUUGAGAUGGCUAGGACAAAGAAGGCGUGCAUCAUUUUCUUCGACGAGAUUGAUGCGAUCGGAGGGGCGCGUUUUGAUGAUGGUGCCGGAGGAGACAACGAAGUACAAAGGACUAUGUUGGAACUGAUCACCCAAUUGGACGGGUUUGAUUCUCGAGGAAACAUCAAAGUCAUGUUUGCUACCAACAGACCAUCCACUCUUGAUCCAGCGCUGAUGAGACCGGGACGCAUUGACAGGAAGAUCGAGUUUUCUUUACCAGACUUGGAAGGGCGGGCUAACAUUCUGCGCAUUCAUGCCAGAAGUAUGUCGAUGGAACGAGAUAUCAGAUGGGAACUUAUUUCUCGGCUCUGCCCAAACUCGACCGGGGCAGAGCUUCGAAGCGUGGCAACCGAAGCGGGAAUGUUCGCCAUCCGAGCCCGGCGAAAGGUCGCAACGGAGAAAGAUUUUCUGGCUGCAGUUGAUAAGGUGAUAAAGGGGAACCUGAAGUUCAACUCGACUGCAACAUACAUGCAGUACAACUAA